GACCCUAAGUUUCAUGUGUGCCUUGAACUAGUGCGAAUUUAGUCUCCUCAAAUUUGUUUGUAUUUUUUGAGGCUGUUCUACUUAUGAGCCUGUGAUUAAUCGUCUCCCUAAUUUCCCUCUUGCUCCCCACCUCCUCAAGGAAUUUGAAAACGUGUUAGAAAAAGUCCUUUGUUUUUCUUAUGAACCUGGAAAAUUACAGAUUAUGAGCUCUGGAUGUUAAAGUAGUGUCCAAAAGCAUGUCAUGGGAAAUCACAGUGCUUGGCAUUCUCAAAGUGGAGAAUAAUAUCUAGAAUGCCUAAGUGAGAAUGGAAAAUGGAGAUAGAAAUAAAUGCGAAUUUUAGCUGGGGAAAUAAUUGGAACACUAACCUUUUCACACAUUCUAAUUGCAGUAUCUGGAAAAGGUGAUGCUCAAAAUUAUAUAUGUGAAGUUAAGUAAAUUAGCGCCUAAUUUCUAAACUCUUGGUAAAACAGAAAAAAUUGAACUAUAUUCAGGUAUAUAAAAUAAGGGGCCUGGAGCUUUGACUACACCCAAAAUUCAGUUUAAUGUGGAAGCUUUUCUGGAUAUAUCCUGUAUCAUUGGACGUCUUUCAAGGUGUGCCUCAAAUUUUGUUUUAUUAUUGCUUCUCUCAUUACAAAAAAAAAAAAUCACAACAUUUCUUUAGUCGCUUACCGCUGACAAAUGUUGUGGCUUAAAAGGAGCAUCUCCUCAUUUUCUGACUGCAGCUCUUCACUCUGCCUUGACGCAUGGCGUUAGCUGUUUACCUUGCCUUGUUUGGUUCAUGAACCUUGGUGUUAGUGCCUCAGCGACUGGAUGCAUAUGGGAAGACCCACCCAAGUGAUCUGACACAGUCAUACCUCCCGAUGUGACGACCUUCAAUCCCAAGCGAAUUUGGAAAAUUUCGAAGAUAAGUGCUGAUAGCUUUUCUAGUCAAGAGUGAAGAUGGGAGAGAAUGACAUACCUGCCGCAGAAGUGGGCUGAGAACGCCCUCAUCUCUGCCCAAUCAGGAAUGCCACCUGCUCUUGGGAACAGACUAUAGAGGAAGGAAAGGCCAACACUACGACUGGGUUUUCUGAAACUGAAGCCUAAAUUCUCUUUUCUUGCACUUGUCUGGAUCUGAGGACCUGCAUUUGGUCUUAGCUAAAGGAAGCAGUAUGUAUGCCCGAAGUGCAUUGCUGCAGCUGGUAGCAUGAGUGGUGGCCAGCAGCUGCAGCUGGUUGCCCUCUGGCCCUGGCUGCUGAUGGCUACCCUGCAGGCAGGCUUUGGACGUACAGGACUGGUAUUGGCAGCAGCGGUGGAGUCCGAGAGAUCUGCAGAGCAGAAAGCUAUUAUCAGAGUGAUCCCCUUGAAAAUGGACCCCACGGGAAAGCUGAAUCUCACUUUGGAAGGUGUGUUUGCUGGUGUUGCCGAAAUAACUCCAGCCGAAGGAAAACUGAUGCAGUCGCACCCCCUGUACCUAUGCAAUGCCAGUGACGACGACAAUCUGGAGCCUGGAUUCAUCAGCAUUGUCAAGCUGGAGAGCCCCCGGCGGGCGCCCCGGCCCUGCCUGUCACUGGCCAGUAAGGCCCGGAUGGCAGGUGAGCGAGGAGCCAGUGCCGUGCUCUUUGACAUCACUGAAGACCGAGCUGCUGCUGAGCAGCUGCAGCAGCCCCUGGGGCUGACCUGGCCUGUGGUGCUGAUCUGGGGUCGUGAUGCCGAGAAGCUGAUGGAGUUCGUGUACAAGAACCGCAAGGCCCAUGUGAGGAUUGAGCUGAAGGAGCCCCCAGCCUGGCCAGAUUAUGAUGUGUGGAUCCUCCUGACGGUGGUGGGCACCAUCUUCGUGGUCAUCCUGGCCUCAGUGUUGCGCAUUCGGUGCCGCCCCCGCCACAGCAGGCCGGAUCCUCUUCAACAACGAACGGCCUGGGCCAUCAGCCAACUGGCCACCCGGAGGUACCGGGCCAGCUGCAGGAAGGCCCGGGCCGAGUGGCCAGACUCAGGCAGCAGCUGCAGUUCCGCCCCCGUGUGUGCUGUCUGCCUGGAGGAGUUCUCUGAGGGCCAGGAGCUACGGGUCAUCUCCUGCCUGCAUGAAUUCCACCGGACGUGUGUGGACCCCUGGCUCCAUCAGCACCGGACCUGUCCCCUCUGCAUGUUCAACAUCGUAGAGGGAGAUUCAUUUUCCCAGUCCUUGGGAGCCUCUCGAUCCUACCAGGAACCAGGCCGGAGGCUCCACCUCAUCCGCCAGCAUCCCGGCCAUGCCCAUUACCACCUCCCUGCUGCUUACCUGCUGGGCCCUUCCCGAAGUCCAGGGGCUCGGCCCCCGCGACCUCGUUCCUUCCUUCCAUCCCAGGAACCUGGCAUGGGCCCUCGAGCCCAGCGCCUCCACAGAACCACACACCCCCGGGCUCCAGGCGAGCAGCAGUGUCCUGCAGCAGUCCAGCGCCCCUAUGCACAGGGCUGGGGACCAAGCCGCCUCCGAUGUCCCACACAGCACCCUGCUGCUUGCCCAGGGCCCCUGCGCAGGACCAGACCUCAUGACAGCAGCGGCUCCGGAGAAAGCUACUGUACCGAACGUAGUGGCUACCUGGCAGAUGGACCAGCCAGCGACUCCAGCUCAGGGCCCUGUCACGGCUCUUCCAGUGACUCAGUGGUCAACUGCACGGACAUCAGCCUGCAGGGCAUCCAUGGCAGCAGUUCUACCUUCCGCAGCUCCCUAAGCAGUGACUUUGAUCCCUUGGUAUACUGUAGCCCCGAGGGGGAUGCCCAGCGGGAGGAGCCGCAGCCCAGCGCAACCUCCCGGCGCCGUUCCUUGGACUCGGUGGCACCCAUAGGGGAAAUCCAAGUUUCUAGCCAUGUCCACUAUCACCGCCACCGGCACCACCACUACAAGAAGCGGUUCCAGUGGCAUAGCAGGAAGCUUGGCCCAGACACUGGGCUGCCCCAGUCCAGGCCUGCUGCCUCUCGGACCCAGGUGCAGCCAGAGCCACCAUCGCUUGAACCACACGUCACCAAGUCCGACCCAGCUGCCCCUUCAGGGCAGCUCCCCAACUCACAACGGUCCAGGGCUCCAAUGGAGCUGGCCCCCGGCCAUGCAGAAGCCUCCAACCCCAGCCCCAGCCUCAGCAGUCUUUGCAACCUGCAGAAAUCCAGCCUUCCCAGCCGGCACCCACAGAGGAAACGACGGGGUGGCCCUGCAGAGCCGCUUCUGGCUCCUCGGCCCCAGGACCCAACUGCACACCCCGCCUGCCAGGCUAUCCCCCAUUUCAGUACCAGCCUGGCUUACCCUUGGCCUCCAGAGGCCCACCCGUUGGUCUUAAGACCUCCAGGCCUGGACAGGAGGCUAAUACCAGAAACCCCAGGUCCCUGUUACUCAAGUUCACAGCCAGUGUGGUUGUGCCUGACUCCACGUCGGCCCCUAGGACCACACCCACCUGGGGAGGGGCCUUCUGGAUGGAGUUCUGAUCCCCCUGGGAGCAGGCCAUGCCCUUACUCACACUGCCAGGUGCUGCCAGCCCAGACUGGCACAGAAGAGGAGCUGGAGGAGCUGUGUGAACAGGCUGUGUGAGGCGGGCAAGCCCAGCUCCAGCCACGAGAGUGCUCCGGACAACUCGGGGGCCCUACCUGGCCCAAAUCCUGUUCCUGGGAGAAGAAAGGACCUCAGCAAACACGUCGCUUUGGGCUGUGCUUCCUGGAGCCCCUGGAAGAAGUAUGGUCAAUGGUGGACGGCAGCAGGUGCCGUUUCCUGCUCCCAGCUCCAGACCUUGUUUGCAGAACAUG